CGAAGGAAGUGCUUGCUAACACUAAACGGAAAUAUCUUUUUAAAAGUGUUCUUUGAUACAAAUAGGCAGUAUUUUUUUGUGUGCAGGUUUAAGAUAAACUAAUACUUUAAAGUUUAUAGUUUUGCGGGAAAACACGUCAGUUUGUGUACAAAAAAUAAAAUAUAAUACAAAUAAACAGUGCGCGUUAGAAUUUCUGGCGCCAAAUAAAGAGCUGUGCAGGCAGGAGAGUGUAAUGUGUAACUAGCAGAUGUCGCACACACACCAAGUUACACUAAAGUCCGCCAUUUUCUCUUUUUUACUCCGCUAAUUUAAACAAAACAGUUGAUUAGAAAAGUCGCGCUGUUUAUUUAUUUUUUUUGUUAUGAAACGGAAGUGACUGCUGCCUGGGCUCCGAGCGGAGGGCGGCCGGAUGCAUAAAAAAUGGAGACCUGCUCGGCAAGCGUGUGGCCCCGUCUGGAGCCGUUCCUCCUGGGUGCGUUACAAGCCGCUCCUCCAGGCAAGCUGAGCAUGCACUACCUGCGCAAGAUGGCCUCCUACGUGCGCACACGUGACGGCUGCUUCCCACGCCUGGGCUGGCAUAUGUGGAGGCACAUUGCCUGUGGCAAGCUGCAGUUGCCUGAGGAGCUAGCCUGGCUCUACUUUGAGACGUUCGAUCUGCUGGUACCGCGCUCGGCCGAGGAGAAGCUUGAGCGGGCAGAGGCUCUGUCUCAAAGCCUGAACCCUCGUGAUCUUGACCGCCAGCGCAGCAAGCUGUCUGUGGACACAUUGCAGUUCCUGCUAUUUCUGUACCUCCAGCAGCUGAACCGCGUCUCCUUGCGGUCCUCUCUAAUUGGUGAAGAGUGGCCGAGUCCUCGCUCCCGCUCGCCGUCGUCCUCCUCUGAUAGGGAGGCCAAAACCAGCUCCCAAAACAAGAAUUGGGAUGACCAGGCACACGUCACUUUCAUACAGACUCACCUGGCUGAACUACUGGAGCUGCUGGCGGAUCCGGGUGAGCUGAGCGAGUCCGGUCAGGCACUGCGAGACAGUAGACUCUCAGCCGAGGCACUGCAGGCUCUCAGUGUGCUGCUGGAGGGCACGGUAAGCCAUGGACGCACUAUCCAUCCCCUUCAUCGACUACUGAGCUCUGCUCCUCUCCAGUCCAUGGCAGGGUACUCAAAACUCAGCCGCUCAUACUCAGUGCAGCAGCUGCAGAGCUGGCUGCGCCAAUCGCUCACACUCAACCCAUUCGGCAUGUCCACCUGUCUGCGCUCGGGCAAGAAGCUGGCCUGGGCUUUGCAAGUGGAAGGUGCUAUGAAGAGGGCCAAGAUAGCCAGGAACACCCACAUGGCCCCUCCAGGGAGCAGGGUGGUGCUGAUGUCCCAGGUUUACAAACAGACGCUGGCUAAAGACUCAGAGAAGCUGGCUGGCGCAAACGUCAAACUGCACCGCUGCAGCGAGGCGUUUAUCUACCUACUUUCACCCCUUAGGUCAGUGACGCUGGAUAAAUGUCGCGACAGCACUGUGGUACUGGGCCCGGUCGAGACCAGCGUGCACAUGCAGAGUUGCGAGAACGUGCGGCUGGUGUGUGUGGCCGGACAUCUGGCAGUGGGCGGCUCUACCUGCUGCACCGUUCAUGCUCUUACUCCCACUCGGCCGCUUUUACUGCCCGGUAACUCCAGCCUCACAUUGGGACCUUUCCACACGCACUACCCCAGCCUAGAGGACCACAUGGCCAGUGUGGGUUUAGCGGUCGUACCCAACGUCUGGGAUCAACCGCUGAUUUAUGCGCCGGAUGGUGCCGCACCAGAACCAGCCUGCUUCCGCAUCCUUCCCUCGGAACAGCUCUGCCCUAUGGUGGUACCGUUCCUCAUGGAGGGAGACACCUGUGAGGUGCCUGGGGGACUGCCAUCACUCUACCAGCAGGCCCUGGAGAAGCGUCAGCAACGGGUGCACAACUGGCAGAAGAUUGUGAAGGACGCUCACCUUAACAAGGAGCAGCGGCGAAAGUUCCAGGCUCUGGUAGAGCAGAAGUUUCACGAGUGGCUCCUGGAGACAGGACAGAGACAGGAGCUGGACAGCCUACUGCCUCCAACCGUCACACCUUCAAACCCUACAAACCAGUCCAACUCCACCCACAGCUCUGAACGUUCUGUACAGCACGCAAAAGCUCACAUGGUCUCCUGAGCACACACACACACUGUAACACACUGUAACAGACACUGAUGCACUUAAUUUAUUUGGUGUGGUUUACAUAGGCUUAGCAAUUCUCUUUGCUAGAGCAGACAAGCUUUUGUCGGAGCACUGAUCUCUGAACAGGUCUUCCUAACCCAAAGCUGAUCCAAGAUUGGCACUCAGGACUAGAUCAAGUUGUCUUAAAAAGAUAUGUUGAAGUAGAUGCCUUGUACUAUUUGUAUAGUUAUAGAAUUAUAUGCUGGAUACAUACUGCAGAACAAGCCUCAUCCCUCACAAGCAGAAUUGCUUUUUAGUUAUUUCAUUAGGUGUGAGUGUGACAGUUAAGGUACUAGAGUGUCAUGAUCACCCCCGAGAGGAUGGCUGCCUUGUUACUGUGGCACGUAUGAAGGAAAGAGUAAGGGACUGUUCUGUUGUGUGAAAGAAUUAAACAGAAUAGAGUUCUGCUACAUAAGAGAUAAUGCAUUAUUGUAAUUAUUGUAAAUAUGAGCACUGGUGUAAGAGUAAACUCGGGGUGUAGAUUAUCUAAGUGAGAACAAAUUUACUUUGCUGUCCAUAAACACAAAGUUCUCUACUUGGCAGCCAGUAUGACGGUGAAUGUGGUGUUUUUUUUUUUUUCUGCUGUAACAUUCAACAUUGAUUUCCCAGCCCAAAGGGGAAGCAAUAAAAUGUAUAAUUCAAAAGAACUCUACAACAGAAAACUGGGAAACAUUGCUCCAGAUUUAUUAUUAAAUUUAAUUUCUUUGUACUGUAAGUUCAAAACAACAAGCAAUACCACAUUCGUCUCUAGAUUCUUCUAUAGGAACUCACUUUUGGCUGUCAUGUAUCUUGUUUCCUUUUUCCGUUAUGAAGUGUAUGAGCAAAUCUAGAGAAUGUUUUCUUUUCUUUUUUAAUAAAAGUAGGAAUAUGAGGAUAGUUUGGUAUUAUGUUUAGAUUUAGGUAACCGAUAUUAUUUAAAAUCAAUAAAAAAAUGUCUUUGCAUACA